AUGUCUAAAUUAACCUUGAAAUUAUUAUUUAUUACAGAUUACAACGCCGCCCCACUGUUCGCCUCGGAAAACGCCUCCAGUGAAGUGUGGAGCGCGGGCGGUGGGGCCGGCAACGCGGCAGCAUGCGGUAGCAGCGGCAUGGACCUCAAACACGAGGUGGCGUACCGCGGAGUGCUGCCCGUGAAGGCCGAGCCAGGGGUCUCACACAACGGGCACCAGGCCAACGGUCACGUCAGAGACUGGAUGGCGGGGGGUACGACCGCCGGGUCGCCAUCGCCCGGGCCUCCGCAGCCACAGCCUAACAACGGGUACUCCUCGCCAUUGUCCUCCAGUAGCUACGGCCCUUACAGUCCUAAUGGCAAAAUAGGUGUAAGACCUCAUUUGAAGGUGACACUAGACAAAGCCGCAACGGGGCUUUUCACCUUUGACAAAGAGCCUCAGGUCGUAAAAACUAAGUCAGGUAUCCGGAAAUGCGAACGUAUAACAAAUAUGAAUACUACGCACUAA